AUGCCUGAGAGAUUGACAAAGGAAGAGGCGAAGAAGACAUACGUUCUGAAUUGGAGGCCAUCACCGCCAAGUGCAAGGCUAGGAGCGCCAAAGUUCACAUUCAAACCCGAGUUUGACUCAACUGCUCUUCCAAGCGCGAAGGAUCUGAGCCAGUAUGACUCGCCUGUUAAAGAUCAGGGUGAUAUUGGUUCAUGCACCGCGUUCGCAGCAGUCGCAAUCGUUGAGCAUAUUGCUAAACGGAAUGAUAAAAUACCAGACUGGUCGGAGCUCUACUUGUAUUACAAUACAAGAGUGAAAGUACUCGGAUGGCCCGCUAGCGACGACACAGGGGCUUACGUGCAUUCGGCAAUACAGGCUUUAUAUACGUACGGCGACGCUGGUGAAACUGAUUGGCCAUACGAUACUUCAAAAUUCGCAGUGGAGCCUCCAUUAGCUUCCUAUAGCAGAGGUUCUACAAACCAAGUUGUGAAAGCAGCUUAUGUUGACACUUCUGUGGAUGCCUUCCGUGCGGCAAUCGCCGCUGGCUACCCUGUCGACAUUGGCUUUUGGUGCUACUCGAACCUGUAUGAUCAUAUGGAUUCUGGACUGGUCGAUAUGCCAAAACAGGGAGGAUACAUCAUUGGAGGCCACUCUGUCAUGCUUGUCGGUUAUGAUGACUAUACUCGCCGGUUCAAGUUCAAGAAUUCCUGGAGCACAAGGUUUGGUCAAGCAGGAUAUGGUUUUCUACCGUACGAGUAUGUUUCAGGCUAUACCCUCGAUGAGCCUAAGCAAAGGCUUGUGUCAGACUGUUGGACGAUUGCCAGCAUUGAAUUCGACAGUGACUUCGUGAUAUUGUACAACAACCCUCCGGAGAACGUGCCCGCUCCUUUUGCAUUGACGGCCGUUGCCGCUUAA